AUGGAACAAGGUGGCUACGAAAUUCUGAAAUCAGUUAUUUUGUGUAUGCUACUAUCGUUGACCUAUAUAGGCAGUUUAUUAAUAUGGAACAGUCCUUACAACAGAGACCAUCCUUCAACGAUUAAGAAAAGGUUUUUAAGCGUAUUUAUGAUGUUAUUUAUAUCACCGUGUUUUUUGUAUGUAGGAUUAACUAAUGAAACUCUGGAAAAGCAAUCUUUUCUCGAGUUACUUGGACUGAGGAUUCAGGGAUUAUGCCAAGCAACUUUUUUGCCUCUAUUUCUUACGAUAAUACUAUUUUUGGGACCUAUAACUAUGGAAUUAUACAGCGGUUUAUCUAAAUUAUAUACAGAAGAAAUGGACUGGUUCUCCAACCUCACAAAUUUAAUUUGGUUGCGCAAUCAUAUAGUCGCCCCAAUCUCGGAGGAAUUCACUUACAGGAGUUGUAUGCUGCCAAUGUUGUUACAAUGUUUUAGUCCAUGUACAUCAAUACUGAGUAGUCCUUUGUUUUUUGGGGUAGCUCACUUUCAUCACAUGUGGGACAGGAUCCACCACAUGCAGAUGAGUUUUGAUGAUGCUUUGAAGAUAUCCUGUUUCCAAUUCACUUAUACGACGUUGUUUGGAAUGUAUUCUGCUUAUUUAUUCUACAGGACAGGCCAUUUUAUUUCGAUCGUGAUAGUACAUGGUUUUUGUAACCACAUGGGCUUUCCAGCAAUAGGCGACAUAGCAACUUAUAAAGGAUGGAAAAAGAAAAUUGUUAUCAGUUCUUUUUUGAUUGGUUUUAUUUCGUGGUGUUUCUUGAUAGAACCUCUGACUGAACCAAGCUGGUACCAUCAUCAUCUUUUAUAA